GCAGCCUGGUGGGAAGUGUGAGUUCCUCCCUGUCUGCCUGACAGCUAUAAAGGCGGCCGCGCUGCGGAGCCGCCACUGGGCUGCGCGCCGCCCUGGGAUCCCCGCUCUGGGUGCUCUUUGAAGUGGAGGAGGGCGGGAGCCGGCGGAAGGGAGCGCGCACCCGCAGCCCUCCCCACGCAGCGGCCCUCGCACACGCACCUGGCGCCGCCUCCCGCGGCCACUCAGCCCCUCUCUCCCCGAGGACAACCUGCCGCCCGGGACAGGAUGGACCGUGGACGGCGGCCUUCACGCUGGGCCUGGUCCCUGCUGGCUGCGGCGCUCGUGGCUUGGGGCGUGGCGUCCACUGGGGCCACGGACAACAACCCCGUGUCCAACAGCCUGGAGGCGGGCGUGGACGCCACUGCCUCCUGGUGGGGGGAGUGGACCAAGUGGACGGCGUGUUCCCGCAGCUGUGGGACGGGGGUGAGGACCCGGGAGCGGCACUGCCUCCAGCAGAGGAGGACGUCCAUCACCGACGCUGGGAACCGAACCUGCACGGGCACGUCCAAGCGGUACCAGCUGUGCCGCGUACAGGAGUGUCCACCGGACGGGAGGAGCUUCCGGGAGGAGCAGUGUAUCUCCUUCAACUCCCACGUGUACAACGGGCGAACGCACCAGUGGAAGCCCCUGUACCCCGAUGACUACGUGCACAUCUCCAGCAAGCCCUGCGACCUGCACUGCACCACCGUGGACGGCCAGCGGCAGCUCAUGGUGCCCGCCCGCGACGGCACGUCCUGCAAGCUCGCCGACCUGCGCGGGGUCUGCGUGUCUGGANNNNCGCAGCCCAUCGGCUGUGACGGGGUGCUCUUCUCCACCCACACGCUGGACAAGUGCGGCGUCUGCCAGGGCGACGGGAGCAGCUGCACCCACGUGACGGGCACCUACCGCAAGGGGAACGCCAACCUCGGCUACUCCCUGGUGACCCACAUCCCGGCUGGCGCCCGAGACAUCCAGAUCGUGGAGCGGAAGAAGUCCGCCGACGUCCUGGCCCUCGCCGAUGAAGCCGGCAACUACUUCUUCAACGGCAACUUCAAGGUGGACAGCCCCAAGAACUUCAACAUCGCCGGCACCGUGGUCAAGUACCGGCGGCCCAUGGACAUCUACGAGACCGGCAUCGAGUACAUUGUGGCCCAGGGGCCCACCAACCAGGGCCUGAACGUCAUGUUUCCUCCCCUCUUCACGGCCCCGGCCUUUGUCCAGGUCCUGAACGCUGAGGCCACACAGGCUGCUGGCCAUGGCCCUCCCCGACGCUGCCCCGGAUGCUCACGGCUUCUGCGGCAGGGCGUGCCCACCAUCUCCCUUGCAGAUGGCAACGCCACGAGGGCAGCUCCCCCAGCGGACAAGGAUGACCAAGAGGCCGACGCCCACCUUCCCUCCCCGGAGUACAUCCCGGCCUUCAUCAUCCUGGCCCCAGGCGCCGACUCCAAGGAUCUCAACUUCACCGAGAUGGUCCACAGAUUCUUCGGGCAGGGCCUGCCCCGGAGAGCCCCGGCCGAGAGCCUCUAUGUGGACUACGACGAGAGCGAGGGGCCCGGCGCUUACCUGCUCAACGGGUCCUACCUGGAGCUGAGCAAUGACCGAGUGACCAACAGCUCCUCCGAGGUCCCCUUCCCCAACGGGAGCGCCAGCCUCCCCGCCUCGGCCGGGAACAGGACGCACAAGGCCAGGACCAGGCCCAAGGCCCGCAAGCAAGGCGUGAGCCCGGCGGACAUGUACCGGUGGAAGCUCUCGUCACACGAGCCCUGCAGCGCCACCUGCACCACAGGGGUCAUGUCCACCUAUGCCACGUGCCUGCGCUACGACGGCAUCCAGGUGGAGGACAACUACUGCGACGCCCUGACCCGCCCGGAGCCAGUCCAGGAGUUCUGUGCUGGGAGGGAGUGCCAGCCCAGGUGGGAGACCAGCAGCUGGAGCGAGUGCUCGCGCACCUGCGGCGAGGGCUACCAGUUCCGCAUCGUGCGCUGCUGGAAGAUGCUGUCGCCCGGCUUCGACAGCUCCGUGUACAGUGGCGUGGUGACCAGGGACAUCCGCUGCUCCGAGGACGAGAAGCUGUGCGACCCCAACACCAGGCCCAAGCGGGAGAAGGAGUGCAUGGGGCCGCCCUGCGACCGCCAAUGGACCGUCUCCGACUGGGGGCCGUGCAGCGGGAGCUGCGGCCCCGGCCGCAUGAUCAGACACGUGUACUGCAAGACCAGCGACGGGAGGGUGGUGCCCGAGUCGCAGUGCCAGAUGGAGACCAAGCCGCUGGCCAUCCACCCCUGCGGGGACAAGAACUGCCCCGCGCACUGGCUGGCCCAGGGCUGGGAGCGGUGCAACACCACCUGCGGCCGAGGCGUGAAGAAGAGGCUGGUCCUGUGCAUGGAGCUGACCAACGGGAAGCUGCAGACCCGCAGCGACCCCGAGUGCGGGCUGGCCACGAAGCCGCCCGAGGAGAGCAUGUGCUUUGAGAGGCCCUGCUUCAAGUGGUACACCAGCCCGUGGUCUGAGUGCACCAAGACCUGCGGGAUGGGCGUGCGGAUGCGCGACGUGAAGUGCUACCAGGGCACCGACAUCGUGGACGAGCUGGGCUUCAAGGGGGCACGGUGGGCCUCCCAGGGGUACUUUGGGGGUGAGGUCAGUGACUCCUCCAAGUCCUGGCCCCUGGACAUCACUCUUCCCCCUGCGCAGGUCAAACCACUUGUGGGGACCCGUGUUGGUCCUGGGACGGGGGGCAGGAUUGGGUGGCAGAGAAAUAGAGCCCGGGUGCCCGCUGUGGGCUGGGAGGCCCGGUGCCCCUGA